CGCUCGUCUCGAGGUAGUUCUCGCUCGCUUCCUACCCCCCUCUGUUUCCGCCCCCCGCCUCCGCCCUCCCUCGUCCUCCGCCAUCUCCGUCUCCCGCGCGAUCCCUAUAUCCGCUCUCGCAGGCGAUUCCUGGUCUCCCCGAGCCGAUCUCGAGGGUUUGAAAAUGCUGCCCAUUUUGGGGGGUUUGAUUACUUUAGCACGAUUGGUAAUGCCGGCGCUGUAGCGGACUUGGUGCUGCGUUAUGGAUUCAAAAAGAGAUGGGGCAUCAAUCGCGCCUCUGCGGACAAGUGAUCGACUCCGCCGACGGCCUAAAUACUUUGGCCGGCCUUACUUAUACUACAAGCCCAUGAUAAGGAAGAGGAUCAAGUCUAAGCGGAGGGAUGCUGCUUCUCAGAUAGUGAAGAGGCUGUUGAGGCCGAGGAAUCACACUAUUAAGGUUCCAUCUCCAAAUUCUAUGGUAACAAACUUGCGCCGCUCAACAAGAAAACGGAAAAUGUCUAUAAAUUUAGAAGAUUAUGACACAGAUACUUCUGGAUCAGAAGAUGAUGAUUUACUGGCUUCCAAAUACCAGCCUUCUCAGCAGAGAAAACGAAUUACAAGAACUAAUUCUCUUCCUCGUCGAGAAGGAUUGCGGCCUAGAAGGUCUUUGAAUGAUAGAAGAGCAUACCAAGAAACAGAGGAAGGACAAGAGAGUUCUGAAGAACAAGAAUCUGAAGAUGAAACAGAAAAUGAUGGCGAUGAGGAUGAGGAUGCUGGAAAUGAAGAGGAUGGUGAUUUGGGUGAUGAAGUAGCAGAAGAUGAGGAAGUGGGGGAUGAAGUUGCAGAAGACGAGGAAAUGGGAGAUGAAGUAGCAGAAGAUGGUGAUGAUGAAGAGGGUGAAGAAGAACAGGAAGGAAGGAAACGAUAUGACUUGAGGAACCGUGCUGAGGUUCGUAGGCUUGAUUCUGAAAAGGAGGGCAAACAAAGAAUUGUGUCCCCUCGAAAAAUACUUCAUCGGGGUAUGAAUUCCAAAAACAAAAGAUAUCUGAGCAAAGAUGGAUCUCGAGUUCAUAGGCGUCGAGGUAUGUCAUUACCUGAUGAUUCAGAUGAUUCUCUUCUUGUGGACGAAUUCAAUGAAGGCCCAUCUACCCCUUGGAUGCGAAACAGAAGUGGGAUGCCAUGGCUCUUGGGUGGCCUGGAUAUACAUGGUUCAACAGCAUGGGGAUUAAAUGUUGCUGCAUCUGGAUGGAGUUAUCAGGGCGAAGCUAUUAGUUCAUUAUCUACGGGGAUUCAAACUGCCGGACCAAGUUCAAAGGGAGGGGCAGACAUUCAACCAUUACAAGUGGAUGAAAAUGUGAGUUUCGAAGACAUAGGAGGUCUUUCAGAGUACAUUAAUGCACUUAAGGAAAUGGUAUUCUUUCCCUUACUAUAUCCUGAUUUCUUUGCCAAAUAUCACAUAACUCCUCCAAGGGGAGUUCUGCUUUGUGGUCACCCAGGCACUGGGAAAACAUUGAUUGCUAGAGCAUUAGCGUCUGCUGCAUCUAAAGCUGGUCAGAAAGUCAGCUUUUAUAUGCGCAAGGGAGCUGAUGUUCUCAGCAAAUGGGUUGGUGAGGCAGAGAGACAGCUGAAAAUGCUUUUUGAAGAAGCUCAAAGGAAUCAACCUUCAAUUAUCUUCUUUGAUGAGAUAGAUGGCCUUGCUCCAGUUAGAUCCAGCAAGCAGGAGCAAAUUCAUAAUUCUAUUGUUUCAACAUUGCUAGCUCUUAUGGAUGGGUUGGAUUCUCGUGGACAAGUUGUUCUGAUAGGUGCUACCAAUAGAAUUGAUGCCAUUGAUGGAGCUUUGCGCCGCCCAGGGCGUUUUGAUCGAGAAUUUAUUUUUCCUUUACCCGGUUAUGAGGCACGUGCUGAAAUUUUGUCUAUUCAUACACGUAAAUGGAAGGAACCUGUAUCAAAGGAGUUAAAGAUGGAACUUGCAGCUAGUUGUGUGGGCUACUGUGGAGCAGAUUUAAAAUCUCUUUGCACAGAAGCUGCUAUCCGUGCUUUUCGUGAGAAAUAUCCUCAAGUCUAUACCAGUGAUGAGAAGUUUGUCAUUGAUGUUGAUAGUGUUAGGAUUGAAAGACAUCACUUUUUAGAAGCCAUGUCUACAAUCACUCCCUCAUCUCACAGGGGAUCCAUUGUGCACUCUAGGCCAUUGUCUUCAACUGUUGCUCCCUGCUUGCAAAGGCAUCUUCACAGAAUAAUGGAACAACUGUCUGAUAUAUUUUCUUUCCUUUCAAAUUCAGAUGUCAGCAGACUCUCUGCUUUUUCCUGUGGCUCUGGAAUUCCUCUUGUUUAUAGGCCCCGUCUUCUAAUAUAUGGGGAUGAAAGUGCUGGAUUGGACCAUGUUGGAGCAGCUAUUCUACAUCAGUUGGAGAAGUUCCCUAUUCAUUCUAUUGGGCUUCCAUCUCUUCUAUCUGAUCCGAGUGCUAAAACACCAGAAGAGGCUUUGGUGCAUAUAUUCAGUGAAGCAAGAAGAACUACUCCCUCUAUACUUUACUUACCACAGUUCCAUAUUUGGUGGGAAACAGCUGAUCAACUACUUAAAGCUGUUUUGAAGACUCUUUUGUAUGAAUUGCCUUCAAAUCUUCCAGUUCUAGUUAUAGGAACAUCUUUAGUAUCCCUGGAACAAAUGGACGUAGAUGCUACUUCCAUCUUUGCUCUCUCUAACAUAUAUCAAUUGGAUAAACCAACCGCAAAUGACAGGCUAAAUUUUUGGGAGAAAAUGGUUGGAGCUCUGUUGUCUAUCCAACUUGAGCAGUCAACAGACAAAGAACUGACAAAUCUUCCUGAACUUCCCAAGGCCCCAAAGGAAAUAAGUCAUGCAAAACUCUCAGAGCUCAAAGCAAAAUCAGAGGCUGAGCAGCAUGCUCUUCGCCGGCUCCGGAUGUGCCUCCGAGAUGUUUGUAACAGGAUUUUGUAUGACAAGCGAUUUAGUGCAUUUCACUAUCCUGUGUCUGAUGAGGACGCACCUGGUUAUCAUUCUAUUAUUCAUAAUCCUAUGGAUAUGGCAACUAUCUUGCAGCGAGUAGAUUGUGGACAAUACCGCACCCGUUCAGAAUUUUCACAAGAUAUUGACCUGAUUGUGUCUAAUGCUAAGGCUUACAAUAAAGAUGAUUAUACGGGUGCUAGGAUCGUAAGCAGAGCUUGUGAACUCCGUGAUGUGGUGGAAGGUAUGUUGACACAGAUGGAUCCAACACUAAUUUCAUUCUGUGACAAAAUUGCUGCACAAGGCCCAUGCCUGCAAUUGGCAGAUGACGCCGAUGGAUCAAAUGUUUCUGCAGUACCUGUUGCUCAACUAGCUUCUGUUACUAGAGCAAGUGCCCGACUCCGUAAUGUCCAACCAGAAGUAAACCCGACACAAAGUUAUGAAGCAUUGAAGCGGCAAAAGAACCAUACAGGUAUUGAUGAAGGAUCUAUAGCUGAACCAGUCCAGCAAGAAUCUCAAGAACUAGGUGCAAGUGCUCCAGUAGACAAUUCAAAUAAGGAACAGUUAGAAGCAUCAGAAGUAGCGCCUGUUCCUGAAAACGAUCAUGAUGUUGAUAUGGCUGAUGCAGAGUUCUCCGAGCGGUUAGAAGCUGUGAAGCAGCGGUUUAUUGAGCGAACAGAAGGCCAUGGCAUUCCUGAGCUUGAGCUGCUCUACAUCAGAGCAAUGAAAGAUGUGACAGUGGUAGGAAGUAAACAUACAGAAGAUGCUAAGCUUCUGGUUUUGAGGCAUCUUUCGAAAUUUGUUGAGGAUGAUGCAAAUAUUUAACUUCAAUAUAUCAAGCCUUUUUGCUGGCCUUCUAGCA